AUGGAACGUCAUUAUCGCAAAUGGCAACGGCCACAUAAAUUUGGGGAGAAUCUAGAAACGCUUGUUGUAUGCUAUGCCAUUGUGGACGAGUUACUCGAGCAGUCUGGUGCUGACUGUGGCGACGACGACGAUGGUGGUCAGGUGAUGACUGUGCUCGCACUCGUUGUGCGCGGUGUUCUGCGCACUCUGCGGACUCGUCGCCUUUCUCCGGACGGCUUUGUUGUUCCUCCUCUUGCACCAACCCAGCCAACCAACCGCUCCCAUCAUCAUCAGCAGCUCCCGACACUUCGAUAUUGA